AUGUCAGGGGCACGUUGGCAAGUGAACACAGAGGGUCAGCGGGUCGUUGAGGGUCAGCGGGUGACUCUGACCUGUCACUCACAUGGAGCUCCGACACCAAUGCUGCUGCUGACCAGGGACGGCCUGGAGCUGGAGGCGGAGCUUAGUAAGUCUGACUCCUCCUCCUCACUCUCCUUCAGCCUGUCCCCGGCCCUGCUGGACCACGCCGGCCUGUACCAGUGUGAAGCCUCCAACCAGUAUGGCUCCCAACGGGUCGCCGCCUACAUCACAGUCUCAGCUCCUCCGAGGAACACCACGGUCCAUGUGCUGCCGUCUACGGUGGUCCACAAGGGACAAAACGUCUCAAUCUCCUGCCAAACCAUCAGCUUCCCGCCGGCUGUCAUGUUUUUGAAGAAACUAGCCAACGGCAUGGAGCACCGCUCUGCAGACGGCACCUUUCUAUUGGUCAGCGUCUCCACCGCAGACUCAGGCUUGUACCAGAUCAAUGUGACCAAUGAGCUUGGAUACCAGGUCCAAGUCUUCAGCAUCAGUGUCAGAGAGAGAAGCGCUCGUCCUCCGUCUGACCUCAGCGUCCUCCUCCCGACGGUCUGCGUGGCUGUUGGCCUGGCAGCCAGCGCUCUGCUGCUCGACUUCCUGCGCCGGUCCAGGAAGAAAGGUUUCUAUCAGCUGGCCCGUUUGGCUCCAACCCCAGCCUGAACCCAUCACCUACCGCAGAGCCAAAACAACACCAGAAUGGCCGAACGAUUCCCGCUGAUGCCAAUUAUUUAAAACAACGUGCAACCA